AUGGAGAAUUAUUUUCUGCAAUUAUUAUUAAAAAUAAUUAUAUAAAAUCAUGGAAUUAUAAUAGAAGAUUGGAAGAUUCGCUAUUUUAUUUUCUUUGUUGGAUUUGCAAUAUUUUAAUUAAAUAACCUCUUAGAAGUUAUUGAAAAAAAAAAUUACUUAUCCACUCAGAUAAUUGACUACAUUUAAAAUUUAACAGAAUUCUAAUCUUAUAUGAAUUUUAUGAGAUUAGAGCAAUACCCUGGAGUUGUGUAUUGGUGUGCCCUAUUAAAUAUUUAUUUGGCCCUUGGAUUUCUACUUAAUUGGAAGUAUGUAAAAUCAAUUGGUAUUCUCUAUUUAAUUUUUUGUACACCUUUUGUAAAUAAUCCUAUAUUUUCACAAUCUAUUGCAGAUUCAUAUUUAUUUUAAGGAAUCAUAGGAACCUUAAUGUUGGCUUGA